AUGAAGACCUUUUGCGGAAGAGCUAAUCCAACCACUGGCGCAAUUGAGUGGUUGGAAGAGGAUGAGAACUAUGACUACCAUCAGGAAAUCGCAAGGUCACGCUAUGCAGAUAUGCUUCACGAUAAAGACAGAAACACAAAAUAUUACCAAGGUAUUCGUGCUGCAGUGAGCAGAGUGAAAGAAAGAGGUGAGAAAGCCAUUGUUCUGGACAUAGGGACUGGCACAGGGCUCCUCUCCAUGAUGGCAGCUUCAGCAGGUGCAGAUUUCUGCUAUGCAGUUGAGGUUUUCAAGCCUAUGGCUAAUGCUGCUGUGAAGAUAGUGGAGAAAAAUGGCUUUCGUGACAGGAUCAAGGUAAUCAACAAGCAUUCCACUGAAGUCACAGUUGGCCCAGAUGGAGAUAUGCAGUGUCGUGCAAACAUCCUGGUAACAGAAUUGUUUGAUACAGAGCUGAUAGGAGAAGGAGCUUUACCAUCCUAUGAGCAUGCACACAAAUACCUUGUGCAGGAAGGAUGUGAGGCAGUGCCUCACAGGGCAACAGUGUAUGUCCAGUUAGUAGAAUCCAAAAGGAUGUGGUCCUGGAACAAGCUGUUUCCUGUUCAUGUUGAAGCAAAGGAUGGUGAAAAAAUUAUUGUCUCCCCUCCAGAAAUGGAGAACUGUCCAGGAGUUCCUUCUGUUUGUGAUAUCCAGCUGAACCAGAUGCCUUCAAGUGACUUCACUAUCCUUAGUGAUGUGGUGACAAUGUUCAGUGUGGAUUUCAGUAAGCCAGUCAGGAGUGCUUCUACCUGCUACAGAGUGCAGCUGGAGCCUGUAAAAUCUGGCAAGGCACAAAUUGUACUUUCUUGGUGGGAUAUUGACAUGGACCCCUCUGGGAAGAUAAACUGCACAAUGGCUCCAUACUGGGUAAAAUCCACUUCUGCCUUACAGUGGAGAGAUCACUGGAUGCAGUGUGUGUAUUUUCUUCCCAAUGAGGAGCCCAUUCUCCAGGGUGAGAAGGUGUGCCUGACUGCCUGUCGUGAUGAGUACUCUCUGUGGUACAAGCUGCAGAAAGCCAGAGAAGAAGAGGAGAAUAAAGCUGAUGUUCAUGUUGAAAGUCCUGUCUGUAGAUGUCAGGCUCACCUCCUGUGGAACAGACCACGCUUUGGGGAGCUAAACGAUCAGAACCGAACACACCAGUACAUCAAGGCUUUGAUGAAAGUUCUGAAAAUGGAUAGUGUUUGUCUCUGUAUCAGUGAUGGCAGUCUAUUGCCCAUGCUGGCUCACUAUCUUGGAGCAAAGCAGGUGUUUACAGUAGAAAACUCUGCAGUGUCCUGUUCUGUCAUGCAAAAAUUUUUUAAAGCAAAUAAUCUUGAAGAUAAAAUAAAAAUAAUAGAAGCACGCCCUGAGUCACUGACAUCUUCUCAUUUGGAAGAUAAAAAGAUUUCUGUCCUUGUGGGAGAGCCAUUUUUUACCACAAGUUUGUUGCCAUGGCAUAACCUGUAUUUCUGGUAUGCUAGGACAGCUGUGACCAGCCACCUCACCAGUGAUGCCACUGUCCUACCUCAGGCUGCAUCUUUGCACAUGAUGAUUGUGGAGUUUCAGGACUUAUGGAGAAUCCGAAGUCCAUGUGGCACCUGUGAAGGUUUUGAUGUCCAGACUAUGGAUGACAUGAUUAGUAAUUCUCUGAAUUUUAGGGAAUCCAAGGAAGCAGAACCUCACCCUCUGUGGGAAUAUCCUUGCAAGUCACUCUCUGACCCCCAGGAAGUUCUCACAUUUGACUUCAGCAAGACUGUACCACAGGACUGUCUGAGCACAGAGGGUUCUGUAAAUCUUCUACGGAAAGGCACAAGCCAUGGAGCUGUCCUGUGGAUGGAGUAUCAUCUUGCUGCUGGCAUCUCUGUUAAUACAGGACUGAUGCAGAUUUCAAAUGAAAAGGGAAACUGUGAAUGGAAUCCCCACUGCAAGCAAGCUGUCUAUUUCUUCAGUUCUGUUAUUGAAUCAGAAACUCUGACAGACCUUCCUAGUGUUGUCACUUAUGCUAUCAGUUUUGACACAAAGACAGGAGAGAUUGCCAUGGAUUUUAAGCUAUUGUAA